UCCGCUGAUAUCAGAUUUGCUGUUUUGACAUCCAGAGACUCCACAUUGAGCUUGGUUACAUCUUCAAUUUCUGCGCAUUGAUUCGCCAGAAAAACACGAGUUGUUCAGCCUCCGAGCCAAUCAGCAAGGGUUGAGAGGGCUUUGUCCCGCCUCCUGUGCUCCGAUUGGAGGAACAUUUUCACUGUCCUUAUGUUCUCGGAAAUUUGAACACACGCGGAAGGGAAACGAGACGAAGUACGUGUAUUUGCUUAUUUGGAAACAUGUUAAAAAAAAUAACAGAGUAGCAAGACAGAGCUCAGCAACAAGCAAGAACAAGAUGGCAAAAUGAUGGUGAACAGUUGUGCAUGAAAUAAGUGAUACAUUUAGCCCUGCAGUACACAAGCCAUAUUUUCCCUUUUUACACUUCUCUCAUAUUUGGUUCAGCACCUGCUCCAAGUUCAGAUUGGAUGUGCAUGCAUACUUUCUCCUCUGCAAUUUAAUGUGCGACACGCCAAACGCGCACAGCCCCCACCUGCCUGUUAUGAGACUGCAGAGUAGAAAUUAUUUUAAAUCACAUGACCUAAAGGAAACCGAAAGGAUGCGCGAACAAUAAAAGCUGCAUUGCCUCAAACGAUAAACAUCAUUGUAACACUAAAACGGGCGCCGACAACUACUGGACACUCCCAGAAGCACUACUUGAGGUAAACCAUCACCAUCACAACAAACGCUAAGCCAUGGGAGGUGAUUGGUCCAACUCUCAACCCUGCCCACCUUCUCCUCCUACUUUUCCUGAGGAAUGGAGGAAAAUACCAUGGGGCCACCCAAACACUGACCUGCAGUUUGUGAUGGAUUAUCAGCCUCAUAAUAAUGAUGUCCAGCAACUCAGAAUUCUGGUUUAUGGACCCAUUGGUGCCGGCAAGUCCAGCUUCAUCAACUCUGUUGACAGUGUUUUGAAAGGCAGAAUCUGUGGUCGAGCUUUUCCAUAUGACAUGACUGGACAUAGCUUCACCCAAAAGUACCAAACUUACAAAAUCCAAAGAGGAGGACCAGAGAUGCUUUACCCUUUUUCCUUCACUGACAUCAUGGGCCUUGAGAGGGGAAACGAUAGAGGAAUUUGUGUGGAGGACAUCAAACUGGCCAUGAUGGGACACAUAAACGAUGGAUACACUGUACAGUCACUCAAUUCAUAAAAUUCUGUUGGAUAAAUUUCAGUAAUGCAAUCCAGCAUUGUGAUCUGUUUCACACUAACAAAUUUAUUUUAUGAAAAGACAUAGAAACUAUUUAUAUGCCAAAGGCAUAAUUUAAUUUAAUUUUACAUUGUUUUCCAGUU